AUGAUAUUUAAAUUCGGUGCACUGUUGUUCAUCGCGACGUACCUAUCAGUAGCAACAGCGUUACCUCCAUGCACCUGCACAAGGGAAGGGAAACCAGUGUGCGGCUCCGACGGACAGACCUACGGCAAUUUGUGUAUGCUGAACUGCGCACAAUCGUUUAACCCAAGUGUGACUCUACAGAGAGUAGGCGCUUGUGAUGAUAAUCCGCUACCAAGUGAUGGUGCUUCACAGGUUAACGUUGUGGAAGUCUCCUCCUGUUCAUGUCCCCGUGACGCGAAAUAUGUAUGCGGGAGCGACGGCAAUACCUACGACAAUACUUGCUUACUGAACUGCGCAGGCAUUUCUAACCCUGGUCUCCACAUUCAGAAUGACGGACCCUGUGAUAACAGUGUUAAGGUUGUGGAGCACGCGGAGAACGUCACCUGCAACUGCACCAGAAGUUACAAGCCCGUUUGCGCCUCAAACGGCGUCACCUUCGAAAACGAAUGCAUGAUGCAUUGCGCUGGUACUCACCUCACUGUUCAGAACCCUGGUCCUUGCGAAAGUAAUUAA